CAUCAAUUUUACCGGUGUAGAUAAACAAAAUGGCUGGCCUGUUGUCUUGGCGCUUCGAACACCACUCACAAGAUGAUCGUCUAUUUAUCUAAUUUUUAAAUUUUGUAUAGUAUUUUUAUUAACUCUACAAGUCGAUCACUAUGCCUCUACCACAGCAGACAGUGACUGCUGCGGCUCCUACCACCACCACUGCCGCCACUGUCGCUACCGCAACCACUACAACCUCCACGAUGUCAACAGAUAGUGCUGCACAGAUCAACAAAUUCCGAAACUAUGCAUCAAUUCUGACAGAUCCAAAUGCACAAGAUGAUAGUAGGCUGAAGGCUGCUCAGGAAAUUAGUGAAAACUUUGAAACCAUCAUGUCUUCGCCUCACUACCAAGCGUUUUUAGAGCAUGCUGUUCCAAGAUUUUUAAAAGUUCUACAAGACGAGGAGCCACAGUUCAUUGCAGAAAACAGUGCCCAGCAAUUGCGAAAACUUCUUCUGGAAAUCAUCCAUCGGAUUCCAACAAAUGAACAUCUACGACCGUACAUCAAAGAUGUCCUACAGCUCAUGUUUAGAUUGUUGGAGAGAGAGAACGAAGAUAAUGUAUUGGUCUGUUUAAGAAUCAUUAUAGAACUUCACAAGCAGUUCAGGCCACAGAUAUCACCAGAGAUUCAACAUUUUCUACAAUUUGUGAAGAAUAUUUACAAAGAUUUGGCUCACAAUAUGAAAAGCUUUGAGGUACAGACUAGUACCACAACGCUUGAUCCCAGUAAUGCAGCGUCUCCAGGUUUCGCCAGUCCUACCACGUACACUACCACUACGCCAGAUGGCCAAAAGAAACAGCAAACUAUUAUUCCGAAAGGAGUGAAUUCUUUGAAGGUUUUAGCCGAACUGCCAAUCAUUGUUGUGUUAAUGUACCAGCUGUACAAACAGAAUGUCCACAAUGUAGUGGCUGAGUUUAUUCCACUGAUUAUGAACACAAUAGGACUUCAACCAUCGCAACAAGCAAGGUCAUCAACCAAUUUCAACAAGGAGAUGUACGUUGAUUUCAUAGCUGCCCAGAUAAAAACUUUGUCGUUCCUUGCUUACAUAAUCAGAAUAUAUCAGGAAUUGGUGAACUCCUAUUCUCAGCAGAUGGUGAAAGGCAUGCUGGGAUUGUUUACAUACUGUCCACAGGAAGUGGCUCAUCUUAGAAAAGAACUACUCAUAGCAGCACGACAUAUACUGGCCACGGAACUUAGAAAUAGGUUUGUUCCACAUAUUGAUAAAUUAUUUGAUGAGAAUAUCUUAAUUGGUAAUGGAUGGACGUGUAAAGAGUCUCUGAGACCCCUUGCUUACAGUACAUUAGCUGAUUUGGUUCACCAUGUUCGACAGCAGCUUCCUCUCAAUGACCUGUCCUUAGCUGUGCAUCUAUUCUCUAAAAAUGUCCAUGAUGAAUCGUUGCCGUGUAGUAUCCAAACCAUGUCUUGUAAGCUGCUACUGAAUCUCGUGGAAUGUAUUCGACAGAAGAGCGAUCAAGACAAAGGAAAUGGUCGGGAGAUAUUGAUGCGAAUGCUGGAAGUGUUUGUCUUGAAAUUUCGUGCAAUUGCGAAGAGACAGCUACCAAUGAUAUUCCUGAAAUGUCGGCAGCAUCAAGACACUCAGACAGACAAGUUAGCAGCAAUUACUGCAGCAGCUACUUCCAACGUAAUUCCUAGUUCUGUGCCGCAGACACCCGCUGCUUUGCCUCCAACACCCAUACCAAUAGUACCUCCAACACCUUCUACACCCUUAGCAACGGCUCCACCAUCAGCAUUCCCACCAACCCCUGCUCCCCAAACACCUGCAUCGAUAGACAAAGAAAAGGAUGACGGAAAGGGUAAAAGUUAUUUGCCCCCUAGUUCAACGCAGUACAACAACUAUUCUGUGUCUGAUUGCCGUAGUUUAGUCAAGACGUUGGUGUGCGGGGUGAAAACCAUAACCUGGGGAGUUGGAUCAUGCAAAGCCCCUGGAGAUGCAACAUAUGUCCAGAACAAGCAGUUCCAGCCAAAAGAAACAGCUGUCUUUGUGAAGCUUGUCAAAUAUGCCAUGCAAGCUCUGGACAUCUACCAGGUCACUGUCACACAGACUGGCACUAGUUUCAUCAGACCAGCAAACUGUCAGACUGUUCGACUCAAAGAAGAGAAAGAAGUUCUGGAACACUUUGCUGGAGUGUUCACUAUGAUGCAUCCGUUGACGUUCAAGGAGAUAUUUUCUACUACCAUAGAGUUUGUUGUGGAAAGAAUCUACAACAACUAUGCAUUACAGAUAGUGGCAAACUCCUUCCUUGCCAACCCAACUACAUCAGCUACAUUUGCCACGAUAUUAGUGGAAUAUCUUCUAGAUCGAUUGCAAGAAAUGGGAACUAAUAUGGAGCGGUCUAACCUGUAUUUAAAGCUUUUUAAGUUAGUGUUUAGUUCUGUUUCGCUGUUUGCAGCUGAAAAUGAACAGAUGUUGAAGCCACAUCUCCACAAGAUAGUGAACCGUUCAAUGGAACUUGCCACUAUUGCCAAAGAACCGUAUAAUUACUUCUUGCUAUUGAGAGCUUUGUUUCGUUCUAUCGGAGGAGGCAGUCAUGAUUUACUCUACCAGGAGUUUCUACCAUUGCUACCAAACUUACUUCAAGGAUUGAAUGUACUUCAGAGUGGCUUGCAUAAACAGCAUAUGAAGGACCUGUUUGUUGAGUUGUGUUUAACCGUACCUGUGAGACUGAGUUCAUUGCUGCCGUAUCUCCCAAGGCUGAUGGAUCCAUUGGUGUCUGCAUUGAACGGAUCACAAACGCUUGUCAGUCAGGGUCUACGAACUUUAGAAUUAUGCGUGGAUAACUUACAACCAGACUUCCUGUAUGAACAUAUACAACCAGUCAGAGCAGAACUGAUGCAGGCUUUAUGGAGGACUUUACGUAACCCAAAUGAUAACAUUGCACACGUUGCAUUUAGAGUGCUUGGAAAAUUUGGAGGCAGCAAUAGAAAAAUGCUGAAAGAACCACAAAAGCUUACAUACAAAGUAGAGGAGUCGCUUGGACCUUCUAUUGUUGUCUGUUUUCAAGAAUGCAAGACUCCGGUUGCAUUACCAGUACACAAGGUGAUUGAGACAGCCUUGAAUGCUUUAAAGUCGGCGUCUACUGAUGCAUUUUAUCGGCGCCAAGCAUGGGAAGUAGUCAAGGGAUUUAUUGUGAGUGCAAUGAACCUGGAUGAUGAUAAAAAUAUCAUGUACCAAAUCCUAUCGCAUCAAAGGUUUUUCAAUGGUGACGUUCCAAGGCCAUCCCAACCCUUGUAUAAAUGCCCUGACAAUAUUGCAAGAAAGACCUGUGAACAAGCCUUAACAGCACUGAUUGUUGCUGCUACUAUCAAAGACCUGCGUUCAAGUUCCUUGCCAUUCAUGGCCAAUAUUGUGAGACACUAUACUCUAGUGGCCAUCGUACAGCAAUGUGGUAGGUGAAAUCUUACUCAGGUUGCAUUAGGUCCUUUGCCAAUAUCAAAUCGGCAGCAUGUACAGCAAGGUAUGGACCCCCAUGUGUUAGUUGAAGCUAUAGCAGCAUGCAUGGCUCAUGAAGAGAAGGAACUUUGUAAGACUGGACAGCUAGCGAUGAGUCUUAUGAUAGAAACAGCAACAGCGAUCACUGGCUCCAGAGCUAGGGCUUGCCGAAUGCCGUUAUUCGAGUAUGUGGUUGAGAAGAUGUGCGCUUGUUGUUACCAGAGGGCAUGGUAUUCCAAACUUGGUGGCUGCAUUGCUAUCAAGUUCUUGAUGGAGAAAAUGUCCAUGCGAUGGGUUUUACAGCAUCAGUUUAUGUGCCUCAAGGCGUUGUUAUUUGUAAUGAUGGACUUGCAAGGAGAGGUAUCAAGUGGCGCAUUAGAUAUGGCCAAGUCCAAUCUGGAGAACUUGUUGACAAAAUGUGCUUCGCCAUUGAAAGGUGAAGAGUCCCUGGAUGCCGACUUAGUGGCCGCGCAGAAGAAAUCAUUUCACGAAGUAACGCACGAGUUAGUAAGAGAAGUGACAUCACCAAAUGAGACUGUCCGAGAACAGGCCAUGCAUUCUUUGAAGGUUUUAGCCAAAGUCAUCAAUAAGAGCGUUACUGAAAUAAUGGAACCGCAUAAAGACGUGUUAGUUGACAUGAUACCACCUAAGAAGCAUCUUCUGAGACACCAGCCAGCUAAUGCACAGAUUGGAUUGAUGGACGGCAAUACAUUCUGUACCACUUUGCAACCAAGGCUCUUCACUAUAGACCUUAACAUUGUAGAACAUAAAGUGUUCUACACUGAGUUGGUGAAUCUCUGUGAAGCUGAGGACUCUCAUUUAGUUAAAUUGCCAUGUUAUAAAGCAGUGCCUACACUGGUACCACUCAGGACAAGUGCAUUGAAUGCUCUUGCAGCGUGUCACUAUAUUCCCCUAGUGAGAGACAAGAUAUUUGCUGUCUUGUAUAAGGCAUUGAAUUCUAGUAUUCCUGAAUUACAAACUGUUGGUACAGACUGCAUGAGAAAGUUCAUAACUGGUGCUCACAUUGACAGUCAUACUGAGAUGGUGCAUUCCAGUAUGCGUCCAUUGCUGACUAUGCUAGGUGACUAUAGAUGUCUAACACCUAAUGUGAUACAGAGACUGCACAGUGUGACUCAAUUAUUCCCUCAUGCAUUCCAUGAAAGACUGUGUGACCAGCUACUGGCUCAUUUGAAGAAAUGGAUGGAUGUUUCUGUCACAUCACAGAAAGCUGGCAACAAAACUAAUGGCCAAGAACUGAAGAUUUGUUCGGCUAUCAUCAAUAUAUUCCAUGCUAUACCGGCGGCCUCUCACAAGAUGAUCGAUUCUUUAGUGCAACUCACUCUGAAAGCUGAAAAAGACUUGUAUCUGGAGUCUGGGAGUCCAUUCCGAGAACCACUCAUGAAGUUUUUAUUGCGAUAUCCAACACAGACAGUUGAUCUGUUUCUGGCUGAAAAUAAUCUCAAGGAACCUUACUAUAACAGAAUGUUUACGAGUUUUCUAAAACAAGACAAGGCCAAGCCUUUCCGUGAUAUCUUACAAGGAAAUCCACUGAGGCUCAUUAACUUAGCAUUUACUAAACCACAGACAAUUAGUCGCCCGGACAGUCCUAACACUGUGAUAAGAUUGGAGCUACAGUAUCAGGCAAUCUAUAUCAUUAGCAUACUUGUAGAGUUUGAUGAAAAAUGGUUAUCACAGAAUGCUGUAGUGAGCCAUCUGCGGAGGAUCUGGAUCUCUGAUAGUUUCCAGGAUAGGCAUCGUAAUGACAAUGUUGGUUUAGUUCACUGGGAUGAACCCAAAUUACUGGUUAAAUGUCUUCUCAACUAUGUCAAGCACCAUACGGAUGAAGUGGAACUUUUAUUCCAAUUGCUGAGAGUGUUUGAUAACCGUUUCCUGCCUAAUUUCCACUUCUUUAAAGAAUUUCUAGAGAGAGACGUGGCACAGGGUUAUAGUAUAGAGCAAAAGAGAGCUGUAUUUUUUAAGUUUGUUGAUUUGUUCCGUGACCAGACGUUCACUCAGGUGCUGAAGGCCAAGGCGUUACAGUACGUCAUCAUACCAAUGUUUUCGGCUUCAUUUGAUAAAGGAGAUGGAGAGAAGUUAAUUGGUGGUCCUCCUAAUCCCGGACAAGACAGUAAUGACAAUAUCAUUAGUAUAUUUAUAAGUCGUCUAAUUGAUCCCGAGAAUCCGUACGGCAUGUCAGACGCCGUUCGCAUAUUAUUACUACAAUUCUCAGCCUUACUUGUUGAGAACGCUGCUCCCCACAUUCACGAUGCUGCCGACAAGAAGCAGGGCAACAAAUUGCGGCGUCUCAUGACGUUUGCAUGGCCCUGUCUGAUACCUAAGAACUGUGUUGAUCCCGCCACCAAGUACCACGGACAUCUGCUCUUGUCGCAUAUCAUCGCUAAAUUUGCAAUACAUAAGAGGAUUGUGCUGCAGUGUACUUUACAACUAGCCUUGCUGGGAUUUGCUGAGUUUGUUCUUCAUCUGACACGUCUCAAUCCAGAGAUGUUGCAGAUUGGACAGGACAGCGGACAACUCUCUGUCUUCUACUUUCGAUUUGAUAUAGAUGACGCUAAAGGUGAUUUAGAUGCCAACCGUCCAGUACCCUUCCGGUUGACACCCAAUAUUGCUGAGUUUCUGACAUCUGUCGGUGUGAGUGGCGUCCUGACUGCGUCCAUGAUUGCUGUGGCUCGAUGCUUUGUUCAACCAAACUUUAAACUGCAGAGUCUACUUAAAGCGAUACUGAGAGAUGAAAUGAUAUCAUGGGAUAAGAAGAAACAAGAAGAGAAACAUCCACCUAGAGCACAACCACAGGACAUGGAUAGCGAAUUACUCAUAACAACGGUCAAAAAAGCAGUUCAGGCAAUCAUGACACGGUUACAGAAUCUUGCACAAUUUGAAGGCGGUGACAGUAAAGUUAGUACAUUGGUGGCAGCAGCAAAUAGUCCUGAUAACUUGUGUCGGAUGGAUCCAGCCUGGCACCCAUGGUUGUAGUAUGGCGUUAAACAACUUUCGUCACUCAAAAUGCUCUGCAUAUGGUGGAUAGAUAUUUUGCGUGCAUGCAAAAAUGAAUUUUCAUCAAAUUGGA